AUUUUGAAUAAUUUCAGGACCAUGGGACAACAAAUCAAGUCGUUUGCUUAUUAAUUUGGUAAAAGAAUAUCCUAAAGCUUAUUUCAUCCUUGAUAAAGAAUGUAAACGCACAGAAGCCUGGGAGAUGAUAAGAAACAAAAUGUCAGAAGCUGGAUACCAGUUCACAGUUCUUCAGAUUCGCAUGCGAUGGAGGGAACUUGUUAAAACAUAUAGAACAACAAUUAAUUACAAUGACAUGCACAACGUCCGAAGAUAUUGUCAGUAUUUUGAAGAACUGACUGAUUUGUUUGGUGUUUGGGAUUAUACAGCAACUGAAAUGCUAAUUAGACAGAUGGAGCUGCACGGAAGUAAACGCCUAGGACAAAAUGGAGGAACUCGAAUGAGGUUUAAGAUCUGGAACCAUAUUCGUCUUCUGUUAGAAGCUCAGGGACAUAACUUUACAGCUGACCAAGUACAAGGACGUUGGAGUACUCUAGUAAAUCUAUAUCAGAGGAUGGUCGAGAAUAAUUCUAAACCAUAUACUGAAAAGAUCACAAUGGCAUAUCGAGAGCACAUGGAACGAGUUUUUAAUUACGUUCCAGAACGCAAUUCCAAGUGGAGAAAAAUCAUGGAAAAGAGGGGUAAAACUCCAAGAACUGUAAAACUAUAUGGUUUAGAAUUAUUCUCGACCAUCUCUGAUAUAGAUUUACUAGAGUACUCCAACGUCCUUGUACUUGGUCAGCUGUAA